GCUCUGCAUCCACCUGCCUCCGCAACCCCCGACUCCGCCUCCCUCCCGAGGCCAGCACAGCGCUCCUCGGUGCACUCGAGGCAGCAGCCGCGCUGCACCCCUCCACACUCCUCACCACUCCGAGUCGCCUGGCUCCACGGAUGUCCGGCUCCUCGACGCGGCCCGGGCACGCCCCGGCGCCGUCCGUCGCCAACGCCGCCAUGCUCUUCGGCACCGACGGCGACGACCCGUUCGCUGCCAUCGCCGAGGCGCCCGAGGAGGAGGCGCAGGAUGUAGCGCAGCCAUCUGCGCCGCCUGCGCAAGAAGCCUCGGCGCCGGCGCAGCCCGCCAAGACGCAGCACGCCCACUCGCCCACCGCGCUCUUCGGCGACUCGGGCGGCGACGACUGGCUCAGCGCUGGCGGCGGCGGCGCACAGCCCGACCAGCCCAAGCUGGCGCAGCAGUGGGACUACUCGCAGCAGGAGGGCUACGGCCAGGAGCAGUACGACUACGGCACACAGGGCGAUGCGGCACAGCAGCAGCCCGACUACGCCGCACAGCCGGGCUACGAUGCGCAGCAAGGGUACCAGCAGCAGGGCUACGAGCCGCAGCAGGGCUACGGGUACGACCAGGGCUACCAAGGCCAGAACUACGAGCAGGGCCAGGGCUAUGAGCAGGGCCAGGGCUACGAGCAAAGCCAGGGCUACGAGCCUUCGCAGGCCUACGACUACUCCGCCCAGGCGCCGCAGCAGGGCGGCUAUGACCAGCAGGCCUCGUACGGCUACGAGCCGGCGCAGAACUACGGCGACUCGUACGGCGCACCGGCUGCGCAUGUGCCGCCACCAGCGCCUGCUGCCCCGCCGGCGCCGGCGCAGUCGGGCGGGUAUGCCUACGACGCGCCACCGUCGAUCGGUUUCGGCACGGGCUCGCGGCGCGCACGCGGCGCCCAGGCUCAGCAGGCGCAGUACUACGGGCAGAGCCAGGGCUAUGCGCAGCCAGCUGAGCAGUACGGCGCGCAGCCGCAGGCGGACCAGUACGGCGCGCAGGCGGGCCAGGACUGGAACGGCCAGCAGAACUACGCCUACGAGGGCGGAUACGAGCAGCAGAGCCAGUACGUCCAGCAGGCGCCGCAGCAGAGCUACGAUGCUGCCGGGCAGGGCCAGUACGAUGCGGCUGGCUAUGCUGCCGCCGGCUACGAGCAAGCGCAAGGCGGAUACCAGCAGCACGCCGAGGGCUUCGGCCAAGGCGGCCACGAGCAGUACGGCGAGGGCGGCGCGCAGGCAGGCUACGACCAGGCGCAGUACCAAGCGCAGGGCCAAGGCUACGGCGCGUACGACGAGUCGCAGGCGGGCUACAGCGGCGCCGCAUACGAGCAGCAGCACGCAGGCUACGACGGCGCAGAGCAGGCCACGCACGCGGGAUACCCUGCGCAGUCAGAGUACGGCCAGGGCCAAGCACACAGCUUCGAGGCCGGCGCUGAGGACCCAGAAGGCGGCGGCGCGCUGCCUGACGCAGACCCGCAAGACGUCUCGGCGGCGCUCGAGGAGCCAUCUCAGCCUGCGCCUGGCGCUGCGGCUGAGACGCCGACUGGCGACGGCGCGGAUGGCCUGCCCGGCUUCGACCAGCCUCAGGAUCCCGAGGGCGGGUGGGACACAGGCGACGACAGCGGCGCGACAGAGACGGAGCCGCCGCGGAACGCGUGGAUUGGCGGGCUGGAAGAGGCGGCCAGCGCCGACGUCUCGCUGGCUGGCUCGGACAUUCUCUCGCCGGGCGAAGACGAGCAGGUGCGCGAUGUGCCCAGGCUCCUCGUCACGCCGACGACAGCCGACGACGGCCCGCCGUCUGCUGGCACCGCGCGAGCAGGAAGCAUCGACGCAGAAGCCACGCCACCCGCCGUGGCGAGAACAGUCGCUCUGCCGUCGACGGACGCCGAGCCACAAGCAGAUGCCGAUGCGCAGGACGAUGUUGGCGGCGCGGCGGCCGCGCUCGAGGAGCUCGACCUGAACGGACAGGCCAACGCCGAGGCCGCCGAGCUGACGGCUGCGCCCGACUCGCACGUCGAGACCCUGCCGGACACGGAUCCUGCGUCUGCAGAGCAGCCAGCCCGCGACGAUGCUGAGCGGGAGCCUGGCGCGUACGGCUCAGUCGACACGUACCGGGCGCACGACGAGGCCGACCCCGAGGGCGGCGCCGGCGGCUAUCAAGGCCAGUACUCGGGCGAGGGAGAGCAGACGUACGACGCAGAGGGCGGCUACGCGCCGUCUGGCGAUGCAUACGCGUCCGGCGCUGGCUUCGACGGCGCGGCGGCGCCCGAGGCGACUGAGCUCUCCGGCGACGGAGGCUACGGAGCUUAUGGCGCUUCCAACGCCGGCUACGGCGCUUACGACGCACCGCACGACGAGAGCUCGCAGAACGGCUAUGCGCCCAACGACUAUACCGCUCCGUACGCCGCCAGGCCCUCAUCUUCAGGAGAGCCGUAUCCUGCGCAAGAGAGCUACGGCCAGUAUGACGCAGCGCCAAGCUCAUACGCGCCGCAGGGCUACGGCUACGCUCCGGACGGCGAGCAUAGCGCGCCUGCUACCGGGCACAUCGAGGAUCCGUACGCGCCAGUGGAGGGAGCCUACGCUCCCCAGACUGCCGCCGACGACCCGUACGCGCCGCGCGAGCAGGCCAGCGGGACCUACGCAUCGCAGGAGUUCGUUGGCGGCCACCAGGCGACCGACGAUGUUUACGGCGCGCCAUCGACGUACGAGCAGCCAAGCUCGCAGAACGGACUGUCCGCGCCCGCGCCGUACGCUGCUGGGCCGUCGUGGGGCGCGUCGGGCGACGCAGGCGGCGCGUCUUCGGGCUUCAGCUCGCUGGGCGGCGGCAGCGAGGGCUACCCGCAACUUGCGCCGCUGACGCCGCCAGCACCGGCAUCUGCCAUGUCUUGGACCGGCGUGAGCUCGCCGUACUCCGAGGAGAGCUCGCAGCAGACGCCCGACGGUCUGUCGCUCGCGCGCUCGGGCACUGUCACGCAGCGCAGCUUCAGCAACCUCAACGUGCGCAGCGCACCGCCAGGCGCGAGCAGCUCGUACCUGUCUUCGCAGCAGCACGCGGGCAAUCUCGCGCCGGCGACCUCGGAGUACGGGCCACCUACGUCGUACGCUGGCAGCUCGUACUCGCAGCACUCGCGCGGCACCUCCGGCCAGGCGCCCGACGCAGCCGAGGAGCGGAGGAACGUGCGGAUCGCCGUCGCCAGCUUCGGCUUCGACGGCAAGCUCGUCACCUUCUUCCCCGGCGCGUCGGACCCGGCGUCGAGCUCUGGAGGCUACGCCUUCGGUGGCGGCGCGCCGAGCACGUCAGUACACGUCCGCCCACUCUCGAGCGUCGUCCCAUCGCACACGUACGGCACCGCGCUCGACAUCAAGCGCUUCCCGGGCCCAGCACUGGACGGUCCGGGUGGCGCAGGCGCAGGCGGCGCCCUGUCUCGUGCGACCGGCGGGCCGACGACGGGCAACAAGGCCAAGAAGGCCGCGCUGAUCGCCUACCUCAAUGAGGCGAUCGCAGAGGUGCAGCGCGGCGUCGGCUAUCUUCGCCGUCGCCCAAGCUUCGUCAACGCCAACGGCGCGCUCGCGGCAAGCGGUCUGCACGCCGAGGACGGUGCCUGGGAGGCGCAGCACGUCGAGGAUCGCAUCACGAUGAUGCGACUCCUGGUGCUGAUGCUCGAGCACGACGGCAACGUCACCGCCAACCCUGCCUUCGACGCCGCAACGCGGGCGCUGUUGCAGUCGGAGAGCGGCGAGGAGACGCACCCCGCCGUGGCCGUCACUCCCGCCUCGGACAGUGUGCUGCAGACGUACACCCUGCGCGCCUCGUUCCUCGACCGUAUGCAGGAGCUGAUUCUCGCAGGCGAGCGCCGCGAGGCCGUGCAGCUCGCGAUGAAGGAGCAGAUGUGGGCGCAUGCGCUGACUAUCGCGAGCUGCGUCGACAAAGACCUGUGGCGUACCGUCGUGGACGAGUUCAUGCAGCACGAGUUCGCCGAGGACGCACCGCGGGACGGGCUGCCGGGCGGUACCGCGAGCGGCCGGCAGAGCCUGCGCGUCGCAUACUCCCUCUUCUCAGGCCAAGCGCCAACUGCGAUCACGGAUGCGUUCCGCUCCAAGACGAGCUUCAUGCCGCCGCAGGCAGGCCUGCCGAGCUUGCCGGGCGCGAGCACGCUGUCGGCGCUCUCCGGUGCUGCGCCGAAGCUGCCGCAGUGGCGCAAGGCCGCCGCGACGAUCAUCGCGAACCGCACGAGCGGCGACUCGGUUGCGCUCACAGCGAUGGGUGACGGCCUCCUGCAGGCUGGCUGGACCGAGGCAGCGCACAUCUGCUACCUGCUCUCGCCGCAGUCAGCCGCCUUUGACGGCGUCGACGGCUCUGGCGCACGUCUCUCUCUGCUCGGCUCGUCAAGCCCGGCAGCGAGCAACGUCUACCUGCGCGACAUCGACCACAUCCUGCUCUCCGAGAUCUACGAGUUCAUCGGCGCGCUGCGGCCGGUGGCCAAGGGCGGCGAGACGUAUCACGGCGCUCCGCACAUGCAGGCCUUCCGCCUCGUGCAUGCAUACCGCCUCGCCGAGCUGGGCGAUGCCCGCGGCGCGCAGAAGUACUGCGAGGCGAUCGCUGCCGCACUCAAGGGCGGCCGCAUGUCGCGCUACUACCACCACACGCUGCUCGCGCAGGUGAAGGAGCUGUCCGACCGCAUCGUCGGCGCACCGCAGGUCGAUGCCGGCGGCAGCUGGGUCUCGCGCAAGAUCCAGCGGCCGACGAUGGACGGCAUGUGGGGCGCGCUCGAGGGCCGCUUCACCAAGUUCAUCGCGGGCGAAGACAUGGACGCGGGCGCCCCCGCUGGCUCCAAGGCUGCCGCAGCCAAGGCGCCACCCACCGGCGCCGUCGGGCCGUUCUCGCACUACAGCGCCAUCACGCCCGACUCGAUGUCGACGGCCGUGUCGCGCGCGCAGUCGACGGCCGACUUCCACAGCAGCAGCAGCUUCACGCCGGCGCACUUCACUGGCAGCCAGCCGUCGUCGCGCGCCGGAUCCGCAGCUGACUUCCACACACGCGAGUCGUCGCCGCACCCCUUGUCGAUGUCCGAGAUGACGCCGCUGGCCACAUCGCGCGACCCGUACGCCGACUGGCCGCAGGCGCAGGCGCCGUCGGACAGCUCGCGCGGCAUGACGCGCUCCCCGGCGCCGUACAGCAGCGAUCGCUCGUCGGAAGGCGCCUACGGCGGCCCGUACACGAGUCACAGCUCGGCCAAUGCGCCGUGGGCGGGCAGCAGCAGCGGCGAGAACGGCGACGGGGCGCUACAGCCGGCGGAGGAGCCAUACUAUGGCUACCAGCCGCACGGCGCGCAGCAGCCGCAGUUCUUCUCCAACGCUGGUGGCGGCGGCGAGCUCAGCGAGGAGGGCGGCUUCAUCUCGACCUUCGACGCGCUCGGCGGCAGCACGCCGCAGCCCACCACGCAGGCGAGCUACACGCCGCGGCAGGAGCAGCCCGCCGAGGAGGACGACGAGGAAGACGACCUCGGCUUUGGCAAUGCCAGCACGCAGAAGGCCAAGAAGGCCAAGGAGGCCGCUGCUGCAGCUGCCGGCGGCGACAAGAGCGCCACGGCUGCGGAGCCUAGCAAGGAGAGCGAGAGCAAGCCGCAAGAGGAGGCGAAACCCGCUGCUGCUGGCGGGUCCUGGCUCGGUCGCCUCUGGGGUGGCGGCGGCAAGAAGGAGGCGGAGCAGCCCAAGGCGAAGAAGGCGCAUCUCGGCGAGGAGAGCGUCUUCUACUUCGACAAGGACCUGAAGCGCUGGGUGAACAAGAAGGCCGGCGACACGGGCGCAGCAGCCGCUCCGCCACCGCCGCCGCCUCGCGCGCAGACCGCGUCACCCUCAACGGGCACCGGGAACAAUGCGGCGCUGCGUCGCACGGCGAGCGACGUCCCGAGCGGGCCGCCACCAGCGGCCUCUUCGGGCUUCGCCGGCGCCGGGCCGCCUGGCUCGGCGCGCUCGACGCCGCCGAUCAGCGAGGAGGGCGGCGCACCGUCGUUCUCGUCGCUCUCGCCUCCGCCGGGUCCGCCGGGCAUGCGCGGCGCCCUGCCGCGCGCCCGCUCCAACCUCGGCGACCUGAGCCAGCCGCCGGCCGCGCAGCCGCCGAUGCCUCGCGCAGCUUCAGCAGCAAGCCUGUCCGGGCCGCCGCCCAGCUCCAGCACACCGCCGAUCCCCGGCGAUGCGCCGACGCCGCCGCCAGGCGCGGGAAGCAAGGGCAAGAAGAAGCGACCCAUUACCUCGCGCUACGUGCCGAUCCCUCCAUGAUCCUCUCAAGACUGUCUCAUGCCGCUCCACAUCUCCCAUGACACGCCCCGCCCGCAAGCAACGCCCCUCACCCAUGCCCCGAAGCGACGAUCCCAGCCUGCGCUCCUCUCUUCGGGAUUGUCCUCUUGCACCAAAGCAUCCAUCUCCUAGCCCUGCAUUGCGCCGCUUGCCUAGUCUUCC